ACCAUAGAGGCAGGUGGCAGAGUGUCUCCAUUUCCGGUUCGGGGGAGGCGGGGCUUAACCCAGAGGCGAAGAGGAAAGAUCCAGUUUUCAGAAAUGGCUUCCUUUGGGUGGAAGAGGAAGAUUGGUGAGAAGGUGUCGAAAGUAACAUCUCAGCAAUUUGAAUCUCAAGCUGCUGAUGAACAGGGUCUUCUUGACAAUGGUGAUGCUGAUUGGGUUCGUGAAGCUAAAAGGAAAAAGGGUGUUCUCCUGGAAGAAUGUCUGGCCAAAAGUAAACGACUGAAGGAGGAAGGUGUAGCUUUGGCUGAAAAUGAAAGGUACCGAGAGGCUGUUCACAAAUGGGAUGAAGCACUUCAGUUAACACCAGAGGAUGCUACCUUGUAUGAGAUGAAAUCACAGGUCCUCAUGUCUCUGCAGGAAAUGUUCCCUGCAGUGCAUGCAGCAGAAAUGGCUGUCCAGAGAGAUCCCCACUCUUGGGAGGCUUGGCAGACACUGGGUCGUGCCCAGCUUGGUUUAGGAGAAAUCACACUGGCAAUCCGAAGUUUCCAGGUUGCCCUUCAUAUCUGCCCACUUAGUUCUGAACUGUGGAAUGAGGAUCUUUCUUGGGCAAGAAAAUUAGAACAGCAGAAGAAAGCCACCAAAGCUGAGACGGGAAGAACGUCAGCUGAGGGAGAGUCUUCAGAGGAACCAAUCCCUGAUUAUGAUUUUGAAAGUGAUGAGAUAUUGGCUGUGUGUGCAGCCAUUGCUGAGAAGGAGAAAGUCGCAUUGGCCUCUAAAACAGUAGUAAUUGUGUCUGCCUCGGGGGAGGUGGAGACUGUCACUGAAAAAGAAGAAUGUGCAACGAUGCCUGACAGUACAGUUUUUAUCAAAGCACGAUAAUCAGUAUCUACAAACAGCACCAGUUCUUCUGGUAGCGGCUUAUGGCCUGGGGUCUCUUUCCUCACCUUCCUCUCUUCUGCAGCCUCACCUUGCAUUCUCAAGCAUGGUGGUUCCUGAUCUAUGAACAUAAGUAUCCAAGGGUGCAGUUAUGCCAGUACUUUUCCUCAACUGGUUGUUUAUGAAUAUGUCCAAGUGGAGUGGAAGCCUCAAAAUGGGACACAUGAGGACAGGGCUCCAGAACUGUGGGCUGAUUGCAAAUUGAAUGUCACUUUGUAGGGGAUUAUCAGUAGCAAGGAAGUGGUGCAGAAUACCAUAGAGAAAGGAGUAUAGAGGAACUGCCCAAGCCAUCUUGUGUUCCUGAUCUGGCUAUUUUGUGGACUAUAUGCAUUCAUGGUUUAGUAAAUCCUUACUAUGCUUUCCUACUCCAGAUCCCCCCCCCCUUAUCCAGGCUGUUUUAUAUGCACUACAUAGAAGCUUGGAGUCAUAUGGCCACCCAUAUCCCUGAGCAGAAGGGGAAAGGGGAGCACAAAAGGGACAAAAAAAAAAAAAGGAAGAUAGAAAAAGACAAAACCUUAAAAAAUACAAGUGUAACGUUUAUUGUGGUGUUCCAUGUGACAAAUAUCUUUCAGUCUGUAGUUUUUGGGGACAAGAUAAUUAUAUCCCUUCUGAUUCUGCUGUCAUGUUGAGGUAGUGUAUAGAACCAAUGUUGCUUUUGAAACAGAGAUGCUCUGAACAUUUUGAAACCCUGAUAUAAAAGAGGGGAGAGGGUUGCAGUUGAAUUGGAUAUGCACAAGGAGCACUGGAUACCCAUGAGGAGCCACCUCAGAAUUGUAUGUGAAAAAAAUAGCAUAACUAUACAUAAUUGUGUCAUUACAAAAACUCAUGGGCACCCACAAAUUCCUUGGCCAUACCAAAGAACCAGGCUUGAUAGCACAGAUCAAUUGUCAGCAACACUUUGAGAUAGAAAUAUAGUCUCAAUGACAUAGAUCAAAUAUAUAUAUAUAUAAGCUAUGAUCUUCCAUCUUAAUUACAGACUCAUCCUCUAUGUGGAACAUCAGUGUUGCCAUCAGGGUUUGGAAACCUUGAUGACUGUAAAUUUAAAAUGAAAAAUCAAAACAAAAAUACCCAAACUAAAUCACAGUACAGUACUACCAUAUGUAAGUCAUCAUCAGGGCCAAUGAGAUUCUAGAAUAUUUCAUAUGCACAUGGGUCUAAUACGUAGCUUUUUGGUUUUGUUUUGUGAUGAUCUGGUAAUCCCAUUCCUUUUGCUUUUUAAACAGAUCUGCUUCACAAGUAGUAUCUCCCAGGUCAAAAUGAAAUUUUGGUCACCACACUGAAUUCCUUAAGCCAGAGGCUUUAUUACAUUUCCCCCUCUAGCAAACAAGUAAGAAUAAACUAUUUGUUACAAAAUGCUGGGUGUAAGAGUUUGAAUAAAGCCAUCUUGGAUUUGUACAAGGAGAAAAUUGGGAUUUAAUUUAAUUUAAAUGUAUAAAUAAAUAAGAUAAUUCACAACUGGUUGAAGAAGAACACCAGUUUACAAAAAUUGCCCUCUAAGAUGGUUUCAGUAUAUCUGAAAUGUUUCUCAUAAAAUAACUCCAAACAACCAGUCUUUUGACUCAAAUCAUUAAUUCUUUUUCCCCCAUGGCAAGUACCACAUUUCCAAGACUCACCCACACAGUAUGACCCAUACUCUCCCAAUUGUCCUGCUAAUUUUAAACGAACAUUUCCAGGUGAAUGUACAUAGGGUGUAUGUAAUACAGUCCCAUUUUUUCCCUGAGCAUUUGCAGAGUAAUAUAAGGUGAUUGGUUUGGCAUAGUGUCAUUGCAGACUCAUCUGCACAUAAGAGGACUUUUCUGUUUCACUUUAUGUGUGCUCUAUUGUGUGAUAACACAAUUUAACAGGAUGAAAGAUGGCAUCAUUACUUCCUUCCCCAAUAUGCAAUUACGUUGGAUAGUCUCAGAAGUACAACCCAGUCACUGUUCUUUGGUUACUGAUUCUACUAGUUUUAUUAGGUUUCUCUGCUGGAUUUUGUUUUGUGUGUUGUCAUUGACUGUUUCCAUAUUGUAAUUAAAGUUUGGUUCGUACAAUAACCAAGUCUGUGUUUAAA